GCGGCGGAGCGGUCGCAGUUAGCAACGCAGAGCAAACACACACACACCGAGAGGAGCCGAAGACGGCGGCGGAGACAGCCUCUGGACCCCCCAAAAUCACCAAUACAGCGACUGAACGGUGACAGCGACAGCAUUAAAAUGGUCAUCUGGUGAGGGGUGCCAAAGCUUUUAGCUGGAGGAGUGGCAGACAGCGCCACCCAGGCGUGCAGAGUGGGACUGCAUCCCGCCUUGUGACCGACGACCAGCUUCCCGAAGCGCUGCCGCAGCUGCCAGAUGGACUGCGCACUCUGAGAGCAGAGCGAGCCAGGUCACCGAAACCAACAGAGGAGAGGAGCCGGGGGGAGCACGCCCACCGGAGCAGGAAAGGGAGGGCAUUGUUCGGCAGGGAGAGGAGAGGACGAGGGGCUCCACGAUGUCGUCAAACAGGACCCAGAACCCCCACGGACUGAAACAGAUAGGCCUGGACCAGAUAUGGGACGACCUGCGGGCUGGCAUCCAGCAGGUCUACACGCGGCAAAGCAUGGCUAAGUCACGCUACAUGGAACUCUACACACAUGUAUAUAACUAUUGUACCAGCGUCCACCAGUCCAGCCAGGGCCGGGGCUCCGUGCCUCCAGCCAAGCCCUCCAAAAAGUCCACCACUCCAGGUGGGGCUCAGUUUGUAGGCCUGGAGCUCUACAAGCGACUCAAAGAGUUCCUGAAGAAUUACUUGACCAGCCUGCUCAAGGAUGGUGAGGAUCUAAUGGACGAGUGCGUGUUGAAGUUUUACACCCAGCAGUGGGAGGAUUAUCGUUUCUCUAGUAAGGUCCUCAACGGGAUCUGCGCCUACCUCAACCGCCACUGGGUCAGACGAGAGUGUGAUGAGGGACGCAAGGGAAUCUAUGAGAUUUACUCGCUGGCACUUGUGACCUGGAGGGAGUGUUUAUUUCGACCUCUCAACAAACAGGUAACAAACGCCGUGCUGAAGCUGAUAGAGAGAGAGAGGAAUGGGGAGACCAUUAACACCAGACUGAUCAGCGGUGUGGUCCAGUCUUAUGUGGAGCUCGGCCUGAACGAGGAGGACGCCUUCGCCAAAGGCCCCACGCUGUCCGUGUACAAAGAGUACUUUGAGUGUCAGUUCCUCACCGACACAGAACGGUUCUACACGCGCGAGAGCACAGAGUUCCUGCAGCAGAACCCCGUCACCGAGUACAUGAAGAAGGCGGAGGCUCGUCUGCUGGAGGAGCAGCGGCGUGUGCAGGUUUACCUCCAUGAAUCCACUCAGGACGAGCUGGCCAGGAAGUGUGAGCAGGUCCUCAUAGAGAAACACCUGGAGAUCUUCCACACCGAGUUUCAAAACCUCCUGGAUGCCGACAAGAAUGAAGACCUGGGCCGGAUGUACAACCUGGUGUCGCGGAUCACGGACGGUCUGGGCGAACUGAAGAAACUUCUAGAGACUCACAUCCACAACCAGGGCCUGGCCGCCAUCGAGAAGUGUGGAGAGGCCGCGCUCAACGACCCCAAAGUGUACGUGCAGACCACCCUGGACGUCCAUAAGAAGUAUAACGCCUUGGUCAUGUCUGCCUUCAACAACGACGCCGGCUUCGUGGCGGCACUCGAUAAGGCGUGUGGUCGAUUCAUCAACAACAACGCCGUCACCAGGAUGGCUCAGUCCUCCAGCAAAUCUCCCGAGCUGCUGGCCAGAUACUGCGAUUCUUUACUGAAGAAGAGCUCUAAAAACCCAGAGGAGGCAGAACUGGAGGACACACUCAACCAAGUGAUGGUUGUGUUCAAGUACAUCGAGGACAAAGAUGUUUUCCAGAAGUUUUAUGCUAAGAUGCUCGCCAAACGUCUGGUCCACCAGAACAGCGCCAGCGAUGACGCAGAGGCCAGCAUGAUCUCUAAACUCAAGCAAGCGUGCGGGUUUGAGUACACGUCCAAACUGCAGCGAAUGUUCCAGGACAUCGGUGUCAGUAAAGACCUCAACGAACAGUUCAAGAAGCACCUGACCAACUCUGAGCCUCUGGACUUGGACUUUAGUAUCCAAGUCCUCAGCUCGGGUUCUUGGCCUUUCCAGCAGUCCUGCACCUUCGCGUUGCCCUCUGAGCUGGAGCGAAGCUAUCAGCGCUUUACAGCGUUUUACGCCAGCAGACACAGCGGCAGGAAGCUGACCUGGCUCUAUCACCUGUCCAAAGGAGAGCUGGUCACCAACUGCUUCAAGAACAGGUACACACUGCAGGCCUCCACCUUCCAAAUGGCCAUCCUGCUGCAGUACAACACGGAGGACAGUUACACCGUCCAGCAGCUCACCGACAGCACACAGAUCAAAACUGACAUUUUGGUUCAAGUUCUCCAGAUUUUGUUAAAAUCAAAGCUGCUGGUGAUGGAGGAUGAGAACGCCAACGUGGACGAGGUGGAGUUCAAACCCGACACCGUCAUCAAACUUUUCCUCGGAUACAAGAAUAAGAAGCUGAGGGUGAACAUCAACGUCCCGAUGAAGACGGAGCAGAAACAGGAGCAGGAGACGACUCACAAGAACAUCGAGGAGGAUCGAAAGCUCCUCAUUCAGGCUGCCAUCGUGAGGAUCAUGAAGAUGAGGAAGGUCCUGAAGCACCAGCAGCUUCUGGCCGAAGUUCUGAACCAGCUGUCGUCCCGAUUCAAACCCCGAGUCCCCGUCAUCAAGAAAUGCAUUGACAUCCUGAUAGAGAAGGAGUACCUGGAGCGAGUGGACGGAGAGAAGGACACGUACAGCUACCUGGCCUGAAUGUCGACCUCCCUCCCUCCCGCCCGCCGGCUCUCCUCAGUUUUAUUUGUUAUCUUCUUUUUUUUUUUUUUUUUUAAAUUUUAUGUCUGAGUAAUAAAGUGAGGAUCCCUCUGAGCGGCGGACAUGUUUGAGUGUGUCGCUGACCGUCCCGAUAUGACAACGAGAGGCGGGAAGGAGAGGAGGGCGAGAACUUUUCUGCUCUCCCUUCAGCGAUGAAGGAACAAAAACACCCCUCCUGUCGAGACUGGGAAACCCCGUCUCCACGCUCACCUGUCCCGUCCCAUCCGUAGGACUCAAAAACACACACACACACACACACACACACACACACACACAUACAUACACACACACACACGCACACUUCCUUGUUGUCAUUAUGUAAAUAACAACCACAGACUCUAAGAGGAAAAAAAACAACCCUACUCCCUUCUUUAAAUAGCUCAAACGUAAUGAAUUAGCCUACAGCCAAUCAGAGGAGAGCCGCAUCCAAAGGUUUCUGCAUGCUACUGCCUACCUGCACCACAGUGACCACGAAAAAGAUUAAAGAGUAAAAAUUAAAGUCGAGUCACUGGGCAGCCGACGCAGUCCACCGUACGAUGACGCGAAAUCGACGCCGGUCCUGUAAUUAACGUCUGCGACUGAACCGGAGGAGAAGGAGGUGGUGAGUUCGGAGCCGCCGCGAUGCUUCUUUAUCUGCUGAAGUUGUCUCAGUUUUGGUUCGAGGUCGGUUGGGUUCAUGCAGGAGGCCUGUUUCAUUACUGAACGGUGGACAUUUGUAUAGUGUGGUUCAUUUUCUAAAUGUGUGAUAAAUAAAAACAAGGAAAGAUUUCUCUAAA